CAUGAUGUUUAGAGUUGAGGAAGAAAAUGUUGAUGGAAAAAUGAAGGGGGUCAUGAUGAAUGAGACUUCUUAUGCGAAUCAUGGUUUUCUUGAGAACAAUCAGCCUAGUAUGCUUAUGAGUAGUGGUCCAUUUGUAGCCAUGAAUUCGGGGUUAUUUUCUGGUGUGUUUGAUGCUAUUGAUAAUGGGUCAUCGUCACAAUCAACAGUCAUGACCCCACUUAGCUUUGAUGGUGGGAUGCAUCAAGAAAAGCUGAAUUCUGCUGCUAGAAAUAUGGGUUCUGGGGUCUUUGAAAAGCCCAGUGGAGAGUCCAUGUUGAAUGUACCAUACAAUGCGGGAUUGUGUGAAAACUUUAGUAGAAUGCAUGUGGGGGAUGAACAGAGAGAUUACUGUAGUACUAGUAAGUUUCGGGUUGACCCGGAUGGGUUUUUGGGUGGAUUCAAUGACCGUUUGUCAAAUAGUGUUGUAGGAUUUAGCAACCACCAUGUUUAUGAUUAUUCUAUGGGGCUGGGACAAGUAUGUGAUGUCAAAGAUUUUAUGGGGCCUUCUCCUUUUCUGACAAACAGGCAUUCUAAUGCUUUAUCUAGAGAGGACCAGGUAGAUUAUUAUAUGAGGCUGGUCAAAGAGCAGGGGAGAGGCUAUUGCAACCAAGGAGUUCAAGGAAAUAGAACUUCAAUGGUGAAUGGUAGGCCUUGUUUUGCUGAUGAUUUUUAUGACACGCAGCAAUGUGGAAUUCUGGAUUAUAAUGGCUUGGAUUCUUCUCAGUUAAGUAAUCCCAUGUUGGAGAUGGAUUUAGCAUAUAAACUUCUGAUGUUAAAUGGAAAUGCUAGAGGAAUGCCAAAUGCUUGUGUUAAUUUAGGUCGACCAAUGUUUUCAGUGACAAAUGCAGGGGAAGUUGGAGCUCCCGGUUGUGAAGAUAGCUUCAUUGUGGAUGGUGAAGGGAAAUGUUCGAAAUUUGUAGCUGAAAAGAAAUCUAAUCAAUCAAAGGGUGACAAGAAGAGUUCAAGGAAUGAGGCAGUUAUGUCAAAGUCAAGGGAGACAGAUCUGGUUUUGGAUUUUGUAAUGCAAUGCCAAGGUGUUUGUGCAAAUAGUGCUGGGCAUGCUCAAUCACAAUGCAAAGAAUUAUGUGAAGAUGGUUUGAGGCCAAGGAACUGUAGCUCAUUACCCGCACAGCUAGUCUAUAGGUCACCAGCAGAGUUGCAAGGUUACAUAUAUCCAAUGUGCAAGCAUCAGUUGGGUUGUCGGUUCUUGCAGAGGGUUUUUGACGAAGGAAAUAGUCAAGAUAUUCAAAUCAUAUUCACUGAAAUUAUUGAUCAUGUUGUUGAACUCAUGGUUGAUCCAUUUGCAAACUACCUUAUCCAGAAAUUAUUAGAUGUCUGUUCUGAGGAUCAAAAAUUGGUGAUUGUGCUUAAGCUGACUAAUAAGCGUGGAGAACUUGUUGACAUUUGUAUGAACACACAUGGUACCCGUGUAGUGCAAAAGCUGAUAGAAGCCAUCAAAAGCAGGCAGCAAAUAUCACUGAUUAUGGUAGCCCUGAAACCAGGUCUGCUUGAUCUCAUUAAAGACCAAAAUGGAAAUCAUGUAGUGCAGAGAUGCUUACAGUGCCUUACCAUUGACCAAAAUAAGUUCAUAUUUGAUGCUGCUGCAAAGUUUUGUGUUGACAUUGCAUGCCAUCGCCAUGGGUGCUGUGUCCUGAAUCGGUGCAUUGCUUAUUCAAGUGGGAAGCAUCGAGAAAAGUUGGUUUCGAGCAUUUCCGCUAACGGGCUUCUCCUAUCCCAAGAUGCCUUUGGAAAUUAUGUUAUCCAAUACAUCAUAGAGCUUAAAAUUCCAUCCGCAGCUGCUACCUUGCUUUCUCAGUUUGAAGGUCACUUUUUAUUCUUGUCUAUGCAAAAAUUUAGCAGCCAUGUUGUUGAGAAGUGCCUGCGAUGUCUCAAAGAUAGCCAGCCUAGAAUCAUCACAGAAUUACUAUCCGUGCGCCAUUUUGAUCAAUUGCUUCAGGACCGAUUUGCUAAUUAUGUCGUUCAAUCUGCACUUGAAGCUACUAAGGGGCCCCUCCGUACUUUAUUAGUUGAGGCAAUCCGUCCUUACAGCGAAAUUCUGCGCACCAGUCCCUACUGCAAGAAGAUCUUCUCACGCAAUCUUCUGAACAAGUGAUGUUGGAAAUGGUGGUCAACUGCUGUGGUUUUUAGAAAAAAUACUACAAACGUUGUGAAUAAGUGUUAAAUCUCUUUUUGGUGUGGCCUUAUGUAUAUUACCUGACCUCGUUUUCCUUCAUGUUCAAGUGUGGUGACAACUUCUACCUUAGCCUGAGAGAGAGUACCCAAACUUGUGACUCUUCCUUAUGUUGUAGUGUUACUUGUCAAAUACCUUACAUAGGAGAUAAUGCAGGCAACGAAGCUUCUGUUGUUACCUGUUCUGUAUUUCUUUGGAUAAUGUU